AUGCGGGAAACCGGUGAUCAUCCUCCCUCGUCUCCUUCCGAAGAAACGUCUCUACCUCAAAUUCGCGAUGUGCAUUCUCAACUGCCGGGGCUGCGCAUUGCCCCAUUGCGACAGCCUGUGUCGCGCCGACUGUGGAAUACCCCCUUCCCCAAUAAACCCGAGCUAGGAGCUCAUUCAGCAGCCACAAACGGGAGCUUGACGACCGCGACAGCUGGACCUAGCCUUCCGGAGAGGCUUCCAACUUUGGAAGAGUUUGUCAAUGCUGCUCGUACGUCGGACGCUGAUCUAGGCGACAACUACCUGAAUUCGAACAUCCCGCCGCCUCCGAAGACCAUUCUGCCGGACUUUAUCAAUCUUCAGACCGUGGAAAAGCUGCCAUACCUGUUUGAGGACAAUAAUGCAUCGAAACGUCGCCGCAUAGACGUCCUUAAUGACCACUUCUCGAGUGAACAUCUCCAACUUCCUAUUCCGCAGACACAAAACGAAAAGAAGCCUCCGCCGUUCGGCCCGUUUGCUAUCCUGAAUGGACUGAAUGAACCGCCUCCAAAUGCAGCGUUAUUUCCACCUAUUGAACCGGGAUCGUUACCGUCGAUUUUGACGAGACCUACGAUUGAUUCGGAGUUGGUGGUAUCCGAGAAGCAAGCCGAGAAACAGGCGGAUAAGCGGGAGCUGCGGUUAGAGGAGAUUCUGGAACCAAAUAUCUUGGACAGAUCAAAUGUUGAUCAAGUCGAGGAGCCAAAGCUUGAUCAACCACCAGCGAAUGAUCAUGGUCAAACUUUGAGUCAGUAUCCGGGAGACAACGGUGAGAAUCCGGGAGACAAGCCAGUUGAUGCAGAUGCGCCCUUGUCACCAAAGACUCGCGGUCGCUCGCGUAAGAAUUUACGGCGAUGGACAGAUCAGGAGACCACUGAUCUGCUCAAAGGCGUGGUCAAAUGUGGCAUCGGAAAUUGGACGGCUAUCCUCCAACAGCCGGAGUUGAACUUCAACAAGCGCAGUGCUGCAAAUCUAAAGGACCGCUUUAGAGUAUGUUGCCCAUGGGCCUAUGGAGCAGCUGAUCCAAAUGAAGCAACAAAGCAAAUACAAGACACGCUUGCAAAUGCAUUGAUGAAUGCUGAAUCCCUGACAUCUGGGGCUGGUGGUAAAAUUCUGUUACCAGAUCCUAGACCGAAAGACAGCAGCACGACUACCUCUACCGAAGCGGUUGAAUCUUCUUCAACCAAAUUGGGUGAGCAAUUGACGGCAUCAUCAUCGUCAUCACGACCUAAACAACCAGCCCCCUCGACAGUCGCACCCGGAUCUACAUCCGAAUCCCCCCUAUCUUCUUUACUGCACAAAGGGACUCCUCCUCAGUCUGCCAAGUCCAAGUCAACCCUUUCAUCUCUAGGCAUAGCAGAACCAUACUUCAUGAUCAAAUCAAAACGUCGCUCGCGCCGCCCAUUCACUCCUGCUGAGGAUGAAGCUCUGCUCAAAGGCUACGCAGUCCACGGUUUUCAAUGGACACUGAUUCAGCAGGAUAAACAUUUGAAUCUGUCACAUCGGCGCGCAACCGAUUUGAGAGACAGGUUCAGAACCAAAUUUCCCAAUGCGUACCGUGAGGGCGGAAGUGUCAGUGGCGGAAGUAUAGGCUCUUUGCAACGCGAGAAUAGCAACGAGAACAUGCGGACUCUAGCAAACCAUGCUCAGGGGAAGACGGCGACGCCAUCAUUGAAGAAACCCAAGGAACGCCCACAGUCAGUAUCAUUACCGCCGCCUCUGGUCUCGCCGCCGGCUUUAGGUAGUGCUACAUCAGCAGACAAGAAACGCAACCCACUCUCAACCGAGACGACUGGUUUGACGUCCAUCAGCUCGCUUUUACCUCCCCUGCCGCUAUUGACCCAGUCAAGUAUGGGAAUUGAUACAUCGAAUGCAGCCGGAGGACACAGUAUGGUAUCCUCGUCUUUGUCCUUCUCUUCCAGUUCGGGUCUGGGUAAUCACAACACUAGUUUUACGUCUGCGUCAUCUACAGGCAAUGCAACUACGAGUUCGUGGGAGGAUAAUACGCUUCCACCCUUCAAUUGGAAUGAUAUCAACUGA